UUGCAACGGUUACCGCGAUAACCGAAUCUCUUUCUCUCUUGGCGUCGAUGUGUCGCGCCACGCCGCGUCACGUCUAUCGCGUAACGACUCGAGUUACGCGAUAGAGCUUUUGUCCUUAACCUAUAAAGGUCCAACAGGUCCUAUAUACGUACAUGUACGCAUCGUACACGUGGGAAUCGGCCGAUUAGUUUGCACCAUUUUUCACGAUACGUAACGAGUGAAAUAGCAUAAGAACAUUUUAGAGAUACACUUAAAGUAUGACGAAAAUUGUGAUCUAACGUUUCAUUCGCACACUUGGUAAUAUUCGCAGUGACAAAUAAUUACAACAAAAAAAUGAUACCUCCCCCACCAGUCAUGUGGGCUCAAAGAAAAGAUAUCUUAUACGUUACUAUCUGUCUAGAAGACUGUAAAGAUCCUAUUAUUGAAAUUGAACCAGAAAAGAUAUACUUCAAAGGAGAGGGAGGCACAGAUAAAAAAAUGCAUGAGGUUACGAUUAAUCUGUACAAAGAAAUCGAAGCCAGCAAAACAAUAAAAAAUUUGAAGGGCAGGACUUUUGAAUUGGUUCUCGCUAAGAAAGAGGAGGGACCAUAUUGGCCACGGCUAAUUAAGGACAAAACAAAGGCUCAUUGGUUAAAGAGCGACUUUAACAAAUGGAAGGACGAGGACGAUACCGACGAUGAGGGUAGCCCGCCAGAUUUAGAAGAGAUGAUGCGACAGAUGGGUGGCCUGAGUGGAUCGGGCGACAGUAAGCCAAAUUUCGACGACUUGGACGAAUUAGGGGAUAACGAUGCUGAUAGCGACGAUGAAGGUCUUCCCGAUUUAUAUGACUAAAGCAAAAUAAAAAAAAUAAUCACAUCGAUCAAGUAAUUAAUUAAUUACAUUAAAGACAAAUGGCAAGCUAAGGAUAGUGCACGACCGGGCAAUAUUUCAGUAGGCCUUGCUGUUUGUAUCAAUUGCAAAUUUGUUAAAAGGGCCGUGUUGCAAGUAGCAAACGGGGCGCGCGCGCGUGCAAACUGGACUGAAGGAAAAAGGAAAAAAAAGAAAAGUGCGGUAACAGUCGACAAACAGUAAUACAGCUCUCGAAGGCCCUCCACAGGUCUCUCCCGCCUCCCCUCUAUUAGCCUGUAGUUCAUAUAAUAAGUUAUAAUGGACAAGCUUUUUUAAUAAUGUACUGUGUAAAAUAACACGAGAAGAUAAAAAGGAAAAAAAAGAAAUGAAAACCAAAAUUAUAAAUGGAAUUGUUCAUUCUGGAAAAUCCUGCAAAGGCUAUUAUUGGCAGACGUGAUAAAGUGUUGUAAAUGUUGUCUGAGAUAAAGAUAUCGAUACUCUAUUUUUUUUUCUCUCGAUUGAAUCGUUCCAUUUUAUUCUCCAUUCCUGUCGGAGUAUCUUGGUUCUCUAAAAGUAAAACUCGAAUGUAUUCGAAGCAAGAAUGCGAAAUGUAUAAAAAUUUGUACAUUUAAAAUACAAGUUGGAAAUUUGUAUCAAUCCUGAGUGGAUGAUAAUCGUGUGGCCAGAUUACGUAGGGAUCACGAUGUCCUCGUCAUCAGAUUUUUAACCAACGAUACUGGACGCUCCACGUAAAGCUAAAUAUCCGGCCGUUAUGUCCAUGGGCAAACUGCGAACCGUUCCAAAUUCUUCGGCGGUGGCGUAAUAUAGUUUAGUUUGCGGAUCCGUAUAUCGUGCCUACAAACGAAAUGCAAUUGAUUUAAAUCGGCAGUUUAUCGCGUUCACACAGAUCUCGGUGGAUUCUGCUGCCACAGUGAUGCGGGAAAGCGUAAAGGCUAUACAGUUGGCUAGUUGAUUAAUGUCACAGCAGUCAUUUCUAUACUCGCUACUCACCGGUAAUCCAGAGAUAUCGGAGUAUUUUUUUGCAGGUUUGAAACUUGGCGGUGCAUUGAUGGAACUAUCUGAAAUUUGUGCGAAUUUAUAUGCUACAAAAACAAUAGAACGUAUUUCUUUCUCUCUCUCUCUCUCUCUCUCUGAAGACCCGAUACAUGUCGCCCCAAAACUUUCGCUUUUAAUCGGUGCAGGCAAUUUGAAAAUGUUACAGUUUCUUUAAGUUUAAAUAUUUCCCAAUUAAGAAUGUAUAAAUGCAAUGACGAGAGAAAAUAAAAAUUCUGUCUCACACUUGA